CGCGACUUGCUCAAAGCUCCAGAAAAGUCAUACGCUUUUCCCCACUCCUCUCUCUUUCCCAUUUCCUUUCAAUUCUGCAAACCCUAACUUUCUCUCAUUCGCCGCUGAAAGUUCUCCUUGAAGAUUCGUUGGGAGCGAUGAUGUUGCGUGCUGUCAUAAGGAGAGCUUCAAGUAGAGCCUCUUCUUCUUCGGGAUUUGGAAAAUCACUACAAUCAUCUCGUGUUGCAUCAGCCUCUGCUCAAAGCUUUCACUCUGUUUCAUCAACACAGACUCUGGUACCUCGUGGAAACCAUGCUCGUAGCUUCCAUCAUCGUUCUUGUCCAGGGUGUCCAGAUUGUUCCAGUAGGACUGUGUCCAGCAGCUUUCAAGGCACAGCACUGAAAAGAUGGGUCAGACCCUUUUCAUCUGAUAACGGGGAUGUUGUUGAAGCUGUUGUGCCUCACAUGGGUGAAUCAAUCACUGAUGGAACCUUGGCCAACUUUCUCAAGAGACCUGGUGACAGAGUAGAGGCUGAUGAGGCUAUUGCACAGAUUGAAACUGACAAGGUGACAAUAGAUAUUGCUAGCCCAGCAAGUGGUGUGAUCCAAGAGUUUCUUGUCAAGGAAGGAGAUACUGUAGAACCAGGAAACAAAGUAGCUAUCAUUUCAAUGUCUGCGGACUCUCAUGUUGCACCCUCAGAAAAGGUAGCAGAGAAACCUGCUGCCAAGCCUUCUCCUCCUGCUGAGGAGCCUAAAGUUGAAAGUAGUAAAGUUGCAGAGAAGCCAAAGGCACCAUCACCUCCACCGCCGACUAAACAGUCAGCUAAAGAACCGCAGCUUCCACCUAAGGAUAGGGAAAGACGGGUUCCUAUGACAAGACUUCGCAAGCGUGUGGCAACUAGGUUGAAAGACUCUCAAAACACUUUUGCCUUGCUUACAACUUUCAAUGAAGUUGAUAUGACUAAUCUGAUGAAGCUCCGAUCUCAAUACAAGGACGCAUUCUUUGAGAAGCACGGAGUGAAAUUGGGGCUUAUGUCUGGUUUCAUCAAAGCUGCUGUUAGUGCCCUCCAGCACCAACCAGUAGUAAACGCAGUUAUCGAUGGAGAUGAUAUCAUUUACAGAGACUACGUAGAUAUCAGUAUUGCUGUUGGUACCUCUAAGGGUCUUGUGGUUCCAGUCAUCAGAGGUGCUGACCAGAUGAACUUUGCUGACAUUGAGAAAACGAUAAACUCUCUAGCCAAGAAGGCUAAUGAAGGAACCAUAUCAAUCGACGAGAUGGCUGGAGGAUCAUUCACAGUAUCUAAUGGUGGUGUCUAUGGAAGUCUCAUAAGCACUCCUAUCAUCAACCCUCCUCAGUCUGCUAUUCUUGGAAUGCAUUCAAUCGUGCAACGUCCAAUGGUUGUGGGAGGAAGCGUGGUACCAAGGCCGAUGAUGUAUGUUGCGCUGACAUAUGAUCAUAGGCUGAUUGAUGGAAGAGAGGCUGUGUAUUUCUUGCGCCGUAUUAAGGAUGUUGUGGAAGAUCCUCAGAGGCUCCUUCUCGACAUAUGAAGACAGUAGAGAUCACAAGUCUCUUUAUCUUUUUACCAGUUUCAUUUACAGAGAUUUUGCUAUCUGUGAGAAAAAAAAGAAGCAAAACAAAACUUUUAUGGGAGUUUCUUGAUAGUUCCAAGAGUUUCUACCCGGGCUGAGGAAGCAUCGGUGUAUUGAGUUUUUUCUUUUAUUCAUAUAAUACAGUUUAAACAAAAUGUUACAAUUUUGAUUUAAAAUAAUGCCACUGGCUUUUAUUGGAUAAAAAUGAUUUUUAUUUCCGUAGUGAUUUUUAUGAAGUGG